AUCACACAGCGCACAUCUGCAGGCAGACAAGCCCCCAAACUCUCUGCUCCUAUCUGUCAGCCAAGCAGACUGCUUCCAUGGGAAGGAUUAUUGUGUCAUUUUGUCCAACAUCCGAGGAGACAUAAAAUCAAGCAAUUCCACUUUCCUGGGUUAAUUAAUCGGGUUUUUAUUAUCGUCUCCGAGCAACUGUUACAAGAUCGUCGGGAUAAAAAAAAAUGAUGAACAACAGAGACCGCUGGAGGGUGUACAAGAGGGUGAGUGUCAUGUUUUUCCUGGCUGUGGUGACGCUGACUGUCGUCCAGAGAGGCACCAUCAACAUGGGGGCUCCCUUUGAGUUCGAGAGGCAGGCUCGCAUGGAUGCCUCCGAGGGAGCGGAGCCUGGAGCCGCUCUGGACGUCAAAACUGACUCCUACCUGGGGAUGAAAGGCUUCUGGAAGGCGAGCAAACGCCACCCUGUGCCUAAAGCUCGGGCCAGCACGCAGCAGCCCAGGAUCACCGAGGACAGCAGCCCCAGAACCUGGGAUGUAACCAGCUCCAACUGCAGCGCCAACCUCAACCUCUCAAGUCAGGACUGGUUCAAGGUCCUGGAGGACAAUUUCAAGCAGUUCAUGCUUUAUCAACACUGCCGUUACUUUCCCAUGCUUCUCAACCACCCGGAGAAGUGCAUGGGGGACGUGUAUUUGCUCAUGGUGGUAAAAUCCGUGGCCACGCAGCAUGACCGCAGGGAGGUCAUCCGAAAAACGUGGGGCAAAGAGCGGGUGGUUGACGGCAAGAAGAUAAAGACUCUCUUCCUUCUUGGAAAAUCCUCAAGCGUGGCAGAGAAAGCGAAUCACCAGAAGCUAGUGGAGUAUGAGGACUACAUCUACAGGGAUAUUCUCCAGUGGGACUUUCUGGAUAGCUUCUUCAACCUCACACUUAAGGAGACUCACUUCCUCAAGUGGUUCCACAUUUACUGCCCUAGCGUGCGUUACGUCUUCAAGGGGGACGAUGACGUCUUUGUCAGCGUGGAGAACAUCUUUGAGUAUCUAGAAAGCAGCAACCAUGGAAAGAACCUGUUUGUGGGGGAUGUGAUUUUCAAGGCUAAGCCCAUUCGUAAAAAGGAGAACAAAUACUACAUCCCCCAGGCUCUGUACAAUAAGACGCACUACCCUCCGUAUGCAGGUGGAGGGGGGUUUCUGAUGGAUGGGACCCUGGCGAGGAGGCUUUACUGGGUGGCAGACACCCUGGAGCUCUACCCCAUCGAUGACGUCUUCUUGGGCAUGUGUCUGGAGGUGCUUCAGGUGACUCCUAUAAAACACAACGCCUUUAAGACGUUUGGCUUGGUGAAAAAUAAAAGCAGUAAGUUGAACAGAGAACCUUGCUUCUUUAAGAGCAUGAUCGUGGUGCACAAGCUGCUCCCGUCAGACCUCAUGCACAUGUGGAAUCUGGUCAACAGUGACCUGGUGUGUGCGCAGAAAGUGGAGAUCCUAUAGCUUGAUGGGAACACUGGGUGAGGACAGCACUCGCGAGCUGAGCUGUAACUUGGUGGUAUGAUGCAUGAGAGUCCAAGUGAACUCUCUUUUAUGUGGAGAGGGACCGUGGACAAUAUUUAAAUUUGCUGUUUCUGUGCAGUAGUGCAAUUUUUGGAGGAGUUUCCUCAAAAGUCCAGUAAAUUAUGCAGUUAUACAGAUAUUUUUUUUAAAAGGUUGACUUAGAAUUGUGUAUUUAUAUUGGCAUUUUGAAGGACUCGCACUGUCAGAUUCAGAGACGACAACCAAAGUUGCUGCAUCACCGGGCGUGCUAACGAAGACAGUUACUCUCUUUAAGAUUACAGGCUUAUUAUUCUGUUGUUGGCCCUGGUGCAAAAUUUGUGAUAGGUCUCCACCUUAUCACAGCCAGACCCACACCCUUCCCUCUCCCCUCCUCAGUGGCCAACACCUUUUUUUCUCCUUCCUUUUGGUUUGAUACAGUGGAGGUUUGAAAUGCAGGAACCUUGUGGCAGUGAGCUGCCACCAAAUCACCAAUGAUAACAAACCCAUUAAUGUGAAUACCCAUCAAAAAUGUAGAAUUUAUGGUGAAGACAAGUGGUAUACAAAACCAUGAAUAUGUAUUUGUAGCAUAUUGUACUUUGGGAUAAGUCUGAGGGAAAUAAUAUUUGGUUAAGUUUGAUCUUGGAAACAAGAUCUGGUCGGUGCCCUGGAGGCUUGGGUUCGAAAGCCAUUGUACAUGCUGCGCAGCCUGUAGCCAUGCUAGCAUAUUGGGUUUGUACUACACAUCACCUUCACUUGGACCAGUAUGGCAUGCUGCAGUGGCUUCAAAUCAAGUAAGAGAAUGAAAAAACUCUCUCUACCUCAGUAAUCUGGGAAAAAACUCUUCAUUUCAUCAUUGGUCACCUUUUCUACUGUAAGCGUAACCAUGAUAUCUUCAUCUUCAUAUGCAGUACAUGUUCUUAAAGUAAGAUUUUAAUCUUUUUUUGUAUCGUAGAGGUCUUUGCACUCAUUUUUUUUGGAAUGUGACUGACUUGAUCUGGACGUCUACUACUCCUAUACUACUGGAAACAUUUAAAAAAAAAAUUGUUACAUGUUUGCUAUCUGUGGAUUUGAAUGUGCUGAUAUACUUGACAUGGAUUUGGUAGAGGGUGUACAAUAACACUGUGAACUAAAACUAUUGCUGGUACGAGUAUAUGACAUGUUAAUUUAAUCCCCAGUAAAAGGGGGCAAAUGUGGGGCUCUUGUAUUUAAUUUAAAGUGUGAGAUGAGCAUAUUAAUGGGAUGUUCAAUGAUUCGUAAGCUGAAUGUUGUUGGUGUAGCGGGUGAUGAUUAUCUCUAGGUGAUGUAAAUAUAUGUAAAAAAUCCAAAUGUACAUAGAAUGUCAUUUGUAAAUAAACAUCUUGACAGGA